CCUCCUCCUCUUCCAGUCCCAGCUUGUUGACAAAGAGUCUCUCUCUGGAGCCGUCUUGCUCACCUUGCGGCCACCAGGGGGCGCUGGAUGCUGACGUUCCUCAGCAGCUGAGCUCAGACCCGGGGCCUGGCUCCUCCUUCUUAGGCCCCGCCUCCCUGGAUGGAGGGGCACUGCUGACAGAGCGCUGCGGCUCAGCUGAGGGGCUGCUGAUGGUCAACAACACGGGGCCGCCAGAGCUGCCGGCUACAACGCUAACGCCACCGAGCAAGAACCGACCCCCGCUGCCGGGGCCCAAACCUCAGGUCCCCCCAAAGCCCCCCCACCUCCAGCAGACAGCAACGACAAGGCCACGCCUCAAGGCUCCGGAAAAGCCCCUCCCACCUCCUCCACCAUAUAGACCCCUCCCAGUAGACCCCAGGGGAGGACGGACUCCACCUACUCGUGUUGACGGCACCGCCUCCCCCUCCUGUGUCCUGUCACUCAUCGAGAAGUUUGAGCGCGAACAGAUCAUCGUUGUUCCUGACAUCAGCGGGGGGGCUCUGUGUCCCCGCCUCACGGACUCCUCCUCCUCUCGACCUUCUUCACCUCCACCACCAUCAUCAUCAUCCCCCGCCCCUCCCCCAACAGGCGAGGAGCUGCCUUCUGAGGUUGAAGGUCGUGAUGACAUGACAGUGGAGGAUGAGGUGGGCGACCUACGUAAUGAUGACGAUGAUGACGAAGAUGAUGAAGAGCUGGCAGCGGCGUGUGGUAAUGACAUCCAUCAGAAACGUCUGUCCAUGGAGUCAGGUUACAGCGCCUCAGAGAAACACCUGGAGGACGAUGUGGUCGCUGUGGAGAUGAGGGAGCAACAACAACAACAGCCGCCGCUGCUUGACCAAUCAGAGCUUCCGUCAGAGCGUCUGUCGCUGCCGUCCUCACAGACAGACGGGAAGCUAGCCAAUCGGGACAGUGGGAUCGACAGCAUCAGCUCGCCGUCGCACAGCGAGGAGUUGUGCUUCGCCAGCGUGGAGGACGGGGGAGUGGUUUAUCCCUGCAGCCCGGCCCUCCUCCCGCGCCUCUCCAGCUCGUCCUCAUAUGCUGGGGAGGGUGAUGGGGAGGAGCUAGGGGUGAGGGGAGCGGCGAGGAGGAGGAGGGACUUCUCUGAGGAGGGAGACAGUGACCUGGAGGAGGAGGAGGAGGCAGAGCUAACACUGGUGCUGGCCCCUCCCAAAACAGACAGGCAGGACUCUGCUGAGCUGUCCGUCCAGCAGAGGGUCUUCAACAUCGCCAACGAGCUGCUGCACACUGAGAUCGCCUACGUCUCUAAGCUCCACCUCCUGGACCAGGUCUUCUGUGCCAGACUCCUGGAGGAGGCGCGGUCUCGCUCCUCCUUCCCCUGUGACGUUGUUCAGGGAAUCUUCUCCAACAUCUGCUCGAUCUACUGCUUCCAUCAACAGUUCCUGCUGCCAGCGCUACAGAAACGGAUGGAGGAGUGGGACUCGAACCCACGGAUCGGGGACAUCCUGCAGAAGCUGGCUCCCUUCAUGAAGAUGUACGGAGAGUAUGUGAAGAACUUUGACCGGGCCAUGGAGCUUGUGAACACCUGGAUGGAAAGAUCGGCUCAGUUUAAGACCAUCAUCCAGGAAAUCCAGAGGGAGGAGCGCUGUGGGAACCUGACGCUGCAGCAUCACAUGUUGGAGCCGGUUCAGAGGAUUCCUCGCUACGAGCUGCUGCUCAAAGAUUAUCUACACCGACUGCCAGAGGAUGCCCUGGACCACAGGGACGCCCAGAAGUCUCUGGAGCUGAUCGCCACAGCAGCUGAACACUCCAACGCCGCCAUUAAGAAGAUGGAGCGGAUGAGGAAGCUGUUGAAGGUGUACGAGUUACUGGGAGGAGAAGAAGACAUAGUUAACCCGACUAACGAGCUGAUCAAAGAAGGAUACAUCCUCAAACUGUCCAACAAGAACGGGACUACGCAGGACCGAUACCUCAUACUGUUUAAUGAUAGGCUGCUGUACUGCGUCCCAAAGCUGCGCCUGAUUGGUCAGAAGUAUGGUGUCCGUGCUCGCAUUGACGUGGACGGUAUGGAGCUGAAGGAGCCCAGCGGAGCUGCAGUUCCCAGGACGUUCCUAGUUUGUGGAAAGCAAAGAUCACUCGAGCUUCAGGCCAGGACAGAGGACGACAAGAAAGACUGGAUCCAGGCCAUCCAGGCAACGAUCCAGAGACACGAGCAGACGAUGGAGAGCUUCAGACAUUUGAACUGUUCACUACGAGAUGAUGAGUCCACACCACCUCACUCCCCGAGUUGUGUGGAACUGGGGAAACGAGCUCCAACUCCGAUCAGAGAGAAGGAAGUGACGCUGUGCAUGAAGUGUCAGGAGCCAUUCAACUCCAUCACCAAGAGACGACACCACUGUAAAGCCUGCGGACACGUGGUUUGUGGGAAAUGUUCGGAGUUUCGUGCUCGUUUGUCAUACGACAACAAUCGCACCAAUCGAGUUUGUGUCGACUGCUACGCUGCACUGGUGGGAGUGUUGCCGUCGCCCGUUACGCUGACCAGCAGCAUCCAGAGGAGGCGCUCGAUCCUGGAGAAACAGGCCUCGCUGGCGGCAGAGAACAGCGUGAUUUGUAGUUUUCUUCACCACGUGGAGAAAGGAGGGGGGCGGGGCUGGCAGAAGGCCUGGUUCGUCAUCCCUGAAAACGAGCCGCUGGUGCUCUACAUCUACGGAGCGCCACAGGACGUGAAGGCGCAGCGCAGCGUUCCUCUGAUUGGCUUUGAAGUCUCUCUCCCGGAGUCAUGUGACCGUCUGGAGAGACGCCACGCCUUCAAGAUCUCCCAGAGUCACCUGACCCUGUAUUUCAGCGCCGAGGGGGAGGAGCUACAGCGGCGAUGGAUGGACGUCUUGUCAAGGGCUGGGAGGGGGGAGGAGCCUCAGGUCCACCACCCAAUUGUGGAGAGUCUGGAGGAAGAGGGGGAGGAGCUAGUAGCUGCAGCAGAGGGCGAGAAUACGUGAUUCUGUCAGUUGAGAAAUGAUGGCAAUUAAGAAGGCGGGGUCUUUAGAUGAUGAUCAGUCCUGAUUGGAAACCGGAACAAGCCAGUGUCACUGGUACACACACACACACACACACACACAGACACACACACACACACACACACUCUCUGUAUAUUUAAAGUUGCGUACUUCGUCUGCAUGAUUCCUUCCUGCUGUCAACACAAGAUGGCGUCUCUCUCUCUCUCUCUCUCUCUCUCUCCUUUCACCUGUGAGGCGAGGUGGGUGGAGCCUCUGGUCACAUAGGUAACUUUUAUAAAUGUGGUUACAGUAAACUCCUCCCUCUGUUUUUAUACUACACCUUCCAUGAGCCCCAGCGGCUGUUUCUAUGGCGAUGCCUCCACCAGAGUUGUGCCGUCACUGUCGUCUUCAGGAAACUGACCCAAAUUCCCAAAUUUUUUUAAAUACGUGAAUUUAUCCAAUGAGCUCACGGCAACAGGAGUCUGGAGCUCUCUGAUUGGAUGUUUGUUGGACGUCCAAUUUUCAGAAGGUUACUGUGAGUUACUGUUAAUUUAACUAAUUUAAUUUAUCGUAUAAUUUAACGUAUGUAACGUUUCUCUGGAGCGGCCGAGGUCAGCAGUUUGCAGAAAAUGGACUCGAGUGGCGGAAGCAGUGUCCACUCACCUCCAUGUGGCCACUCACAGUACUGCACCUAAAAACCUGUUCAGUGUGUCAGUCAGAGCAGUCCCCCUGCUGGUGGAUCAGGGUACUGCAACACGUUCAGUUAUUACAACAUUGCCGCGUUAGAGACUUUUAAUAUAUAAAAUCUAAAAUAAAUAUAACUUUCGCAGAGGAAGAGAAGAGAAGACAGUUCAUAUUGCAAAUAAAUGAUCUAAGAGCCCAGUUAUUUGAAGCAGUUCAAAUUUGAAGAAGUUUUUAUAUAUAUUUAUUGUGUGUGUGUAUAUAUAUAUAUAUAUAAAUAUAUAUAUAUAUGAGAACACAGACAGGUUUACAAUUCUGAUUGUGUAGAAGUGACCUGAGGUUUUUACGCUCUGUCAUCGCUGCCUUGGACGAUGAAGUAAGAGAUAAUAAGAUUCUUCCCCGUUUUUAAAAAUGAAAGUGUUAAAACAUGAAGGAGGUUAAAGAUGUUUCAUUUUUUAAAUCCUAAUUUUACCUGAAGAAAAACAAUGUUUUCACCCUUCGUGAUGUCACUGCUCCAAAACUACAGCUCCCCACAACCUCAGCUCUGAGGCUGGUCUGCUCUCUGCAGGUGAAGCAUGGUACUGCAGGUUGUUGUCACUCGCCUGAAGAAA